AUGAGGGCGUCCCCUAAACUGUUGGCUAAUCCGCUGCCCACACUCUCAAAUGCUGGACAGCAGUUUGCAUUACUUCCACCGCUCCAGCUCUAUCGUCGUUUGCUCAGAGCCCAUCGGAAAAAGCUUCCAAAGGAUAUGCGUCUUCUCGGUGAUGAAUACGUGAAGAGCGAAUUUCGAGCCCACAGGAAUAUAGAUAAUCCUAUCCAUAUUGUUGGAUUUCUGACCGAGUGGCAGAGCUAUGCUCAAAAACUAGAAGGAGACACUUGGCAGGGAGAAAAGCUAGACAAAGCGAAGAUUGAUAAAAUGAGUGACCAACAGAUUGGCCAGCUUUACGAACUUAUGAAUGCUAUUAAAAGCAAAGAUUGA